AUGAAGACCAGCCCACAUCUCAACCUAGCCCUCUGGGGCUUCUUCUUCCUUCUCUCCAUCUUCUCAAAUCUCUCUCACCAAGCUUCUUAUUCUCCUCCACCCCUUCCAAACCCUAGACUUCAAAAUGCUUACAUCGCCCUCCAAGCAUGGAAACAUGCAAUCACAUCAGACCCUAAAGGGUUCACUUCAAACUGGUAUGGCCCAAAUGUUUGUAACUACACCGGAGUAUUCUGUGCACCAGCCCUAGAUGACCCUCAUGUCACUACAGUAGCCGGAAUUGACCUGAACCAUGCCGACAUCGCCGGAACUUUGCCGGAGGAUCUGGCUCUCCUCACUGACUUAGCUCUCUUCCAUAUAAACUCCAACCGCUUUUGUGGAACCCUACCAAACUGCUUCAGUAAGCUCCAUCUUCUCUAUGAGCUCGACGUUAGCAACAACCUCUUCUCCGGCGAGUUUCCUUCUGUUGUUCUUUCCCUUUCCUCUCUCAGAUUUCUUGAUAUUCGAUUCAAUGAUUUUGAGGGUAAAGUUCCAUCAAGCCUUUUCGAACUCAAACUCGACGCUUUGUUCAUAAAUAACAACAAUUUUAAUUCAUCUUUCCCUGAAAACAUUGGUAGUUUACCAGUUUCAGUGGUGGUUUUGGCGAAUAGCGAUCUUAGCGGUUGUUUGCCAUCGAGUAUAUCGAAAAUGGCCGGAACCCUAAAUGAGAUUAUUCUCAUGGGCAUGGGUUUGAGUGGAUGUCUGCCGGAAGAGAUAGGGCUGUUGAAGAAUGUGACAGUGUUUGAUGUGAGCAAAAAUGGUUUUGUUGGGACGUUGCCGGAGUCUAUGGGAGGCAUGAAGAGCUUGGAGCAACUGAAUGUCGCGUCUAACAAACUCUCCGGCGAGAUUCCGGCGAGUAUAUGCUCGUUGCCGAUGUUGCAGAAUUUCACAUACUCGGACAAUUACUUCUGUAGUGAACCGGCAACGUGCCUCAAAUUGCCGGAUAAAGAUGACCGGGAAAACUGUAUUCCGGGAAGGCCGGCACAAAGUAAGAACAAGCGGAUUUCGAAGGGAAAGAAGAGUGGAAAGAAGAAAGCAGCUGAUCCGUUUGCGAAGAAGGACUGGUAUGACGUCAAGGCUCCGUCCAUCUUCAGUGUCAGAAACGUUGGCAAAACUCUCGUCACCCGCACUCAGGGUACUAAGAUUGCUUCAGAAGGACUUAAGCAUCGUGUGUUUGAGGUAUCCUUGGCUGACCUUCAGGGUGAUGAGGACCAUGCCUACAGAAAGAUUAGGUUGAGAGCUGAGGAUGUUCAAGGGAAGAAUGUUCUGACAAACUUCUGGGGCAUGGAUUUUACUACGGACAAGUUGAGGUCACUUGUGCGAAAAUGGCAAUCAUUGAUUGAGGCUCAUGUCGAUGUGAAGACAACAGACAACUAUAGUUUGAGGAUGUUCUGCAUUGGCUUCACUAAGAAGCGUGCGAACCAGCAGAAGAGGACCUGUUAUGCGCAAUCUAGCCAGAUACGCCAGAUUCGCCGGAAGAUGAGGGAGAUCAUGGUCAGCCAGGCUCAAUCUUGUGAUCUGAAGGAGUUAGUCCAGAAGUUCAUUCCAGAGUCAAUUGGCCGGGAUAUUGAGAAGGCAACUUCAAGCAUCUACCCUUUGCAGAAUGUUUUCAUCCGGAAGGUCAAGAUCUUGAAGGCUCCAAAGUUUGACCUUGGGAAGUUAAUGGAGGUCCAUGGUGAUUACUCAGAAGAUGUUGGUGUAAAGUUGGAAAGGCCUGCUGAGGAGCCAAUGGCCGAGGCAACUGAAGUAGUUGGAGCUUAAGUAAAAGUUUUGCAAAUCUCCUUAUUGGCAUGUCAUUUGGUUCCUACAAUUUCCUUAAAUGAGACACUAAAAUAAUGUCAGGUUCUUUGUUAUAUUUAUUUUUGUUUGAGUGAUUAGAAGUGAAUUUUGCCAUGAAAGAAAAUAUUUUUGUGCAAUGAGUCUACCCAAUAGUUCCUAGUAUUUUAAUUUUACACUUUUAUAUUCUUCCUAUUUGCUGGAUGUAAUGUGUUAAACAAGUGUGGAUCCUUGUUGUCCUUAAUGUGUUUGAUCUUGAGUCUUUAUUUAAUUUUGUGACGCUUAGGAAUC